AUGGCUCAAAACAAGAUUCUCUAUUCUGCAAAGCUCGACGAGAACAUGCAAAGAUCAGCCUACUUCGAAACAAACAAGAGAAUUGUGAAGUCAAACAUCAUGCUUAAGUUUGUGACCAAAGCAAUGGAUAUCAAGGUUCGAGGUGAAGCCGGUUUCACGACUACUCUUGAAGAUCCAAUCAAACUCUUGAAACAUAUUGAACGAUUCAUGAAGAAGAGUGCUGAUGUUAAGUAUGGGUCCUUGGAUUUCUGGGAAACCAAUCAAAAGUUCUUUGCUAUGAAGCAAGGAACAACCGAGAACUUGAUGCAUUUCAAGGAACGAUUCUUGAGACAGGCUGAAGUCCUGCAAGAUCUAUAUGGCAUUGGCUGGUUCCGAAAUUUUGCAGUCAAGACAAAAGCGUAUGCUGCUAUUGCUAGCACCGAUACUACUGCUAAAGACAAGUUCAAGGAUGAUAUCUUUGCUUUGAAGCCGUUCUUGCAACAGGAUUCCUGUGCAACUGUGAUCGAACAAGAACAGCUCCUCUGA